AAACUGAACAAUAUCCACACGUUCUAUGAGUAUAUAUAUAAUACGUGUGCAUAAUGUCGUUCAUUACUAAAUGAAUUCUUAUAUAAGCACAGUUGAGAAAAAUAUUUAAAACUUCAGUAUAUAUAGUAUUUAUCUAUUUAUUGUUAAUAAAUAUAAUAAAUAUAAUAAAUAUAAUAAAUAUAAUAAAUAUAAAAUAAAGUAGUUUCUUAAUUAAUUAUGCUGGCACCGAAUCGAAUAUGACGUAUCUAAUAAUGUUACGUAGAUAUACAAAUACAAUGAUAUUUGAUUAGGUAUGUGGGCGUUUAUGUUGAAUCAAAAUUUAAUACCGUGACCCAUUCGUAUUAAAAUAUACUAUAUGACGUGACCCAUAUACCGUGACCCAUUCGCAUUACAGCCAUCUUAAUUAUGAAAUUAAAUGAAAGAAAAUGGCUCGAUGAUGCCUUUUUAUCAAUGAACUGUGAAUCUCGUGAUUAUUUGUUUAUUACCACCGAUUGUACUCUAACUAUUUACGGCACGUGAAAUAGAAUGCCUCGAGGCUAAAUUAAUAUCAAUAUAGUUUGUUUAUUGGAACAUGAGUAACUGUCGUAAAUAGUAGUAUAUUCAUGUGCGUCUUAGAGCACCCCCAUUGAGGGUUCAUGGGGGGAGUUCACACAAAAACCAAGAAAAAAAAAUAAUAAAAUAAUUCAAUCCCAUGAACCCUCUCUCUCCUAAAGUUCUUUUGGUUGAACCCCUCUCUCCUAAAGUUCAUCACUGUAGCGCGGGCCCCACGUGUCGUGGCGGCCCGCGAUUGGUCUAACUUUUUUUUUUUUUUUUUUUUUUAAAAAAAAAACCAAAAAGAAAAAGAAAUAAAUUUUAAUAAUAAAAAACUAAAAAGAUGAACCCCAAGAGGGGGUUCAUUGAUGUGGAUGCUCUUAGUUUCACCCAGGGAGCCGGUAACGAAUGAACCGUUUCUGUUUGUUUGGCCACCAAUGAGAUAGACGGUUAGAAUAAACGGUGUCUGGAAACGACAGGAAAAAGCGUUACAACCUUUAGAAACAAUUGGAACAAACGUUUUGCGGUAACAUAGCGAUUAUGAGUUAUUUUUAACCAGACCUGUAAACUGAUAUACCAAUCGUUACAUUUUUGAUUAAAAGAGGAGACGGUCUUCUAAUGAUACUGCCAUAUAACAUAUAGGUCUUUUGCACUAACAUACGGAUUAAGAUUUAUUUUUUUCAAACAAAAAAGAAGUUAGUUUAGUCAAAUUCUAAAAUGUUACAUUAUGAAACUGCAAUCAAUUAACACUGCCGAAAGAAAACAUGCUUAAAUAAUUUAUUGUCUGUCUAUGGAAUUGUCAAAAUAACAUUUUGUAUGGCUUACAUCCGAGUAUCGACAUAGCUCGUACUUUCUCACGUUUUUUCUUUUAAUUGUACUCUGUUAUUUUUAAUGUCAAGUAUCGUACUCUAUUUCUUAUUUUUUCAAAUAAAAUGUACUAAAGAAGAAAAAACGAAACUCUAUGACACUUUCUUUUACAAAAAAAAAACGAAACUCUAUGAGAAAGAAUGUAUAGAUGCUAAAUUAUAGUAAAUUAUAUAUGACAUCAAACUAAGUACCCCGAUUUUAUUUGGAAGAAAUAAAAGUGGUAGAUGGGCAAUUCAUAUGUCAAUAGGUGACACACAUGCACGAGGGUCGGGCCAUAUUAGACGAAUGCAUAUUAUAUAUUAUAUAUUUAGAAUCGGUUAAAAAAUAUAUAUAUUUUAUUAUUUUUCUUCAAUAAAUACAUGUCUUGUUAAAAAUAAAGACAUAUUUUCUGGUUAGAAGAAUGCACAUAUGAAAUAGUUCAAAAAAAAAAGAAUACACACAUGAAACCAUCUUGUUUCUAUUUAUUUUUACAUGGAUCAAAACUGGUCAGCUAAAACGGAGAAACUCAAAUAUCUUCUUUUUUGUUCCUGGACCCCAUUCCAAUAUAGUAUUAGACUAUUAGCUAGUAGUAUUAUUUUACUUUCUAUUAUUUUCUUUAUAAUAUGAAAAAGCCAAAAAGAGAUUGUGAACGAAUAUUAAUACAAGCCCACUUCACAUCUAUUUUUGGGCAACCCUCUUUUCUAAAGCUAGCUUCUCUCUAACAAUGGAAACACAUCUCAACAUAGAGAAGAGUGCUUCUCAAGUUACCUUAACCUCCUCCGCUAUCUUCGCCGUAUCAUCUUCCUCCUCCUCCUCCUCUUCCACCGCCUCAUUGUCCUCACCUACAACAUCUUCCUCUUCUUCAUCAAUAACUUUGAAUUUCUCUGAGGAUACCAACUCUAAAAGAAAAGCAUCUCGAAGAUCAUUACCCGUUCUAGAAGAUGAUGAAAACGUCGUGAAACAGCGAAAGACCAGCGGCGGAGAUAAGCAUCCGACGUAUAGAGGAGUGCGGAUGAGGAGUUGGGGCAAAUGGGUGUCUGAGAUCAGAGAGCCGAGGAAGAAAUCAAGAAUCUGGCUCGGAACUUAUCCAACGGCUGAUAUGGCUGCUCGAGCUCAUGAUGUGGCGGCUUUAGCCAUUAAAGGUACAACGGCUUAUCUUAAUUUUCCUGAAUUAUCCGGCGAGCUUCCUCGUCCGGUCACGAACUCUCCUAAAGAUAUUCAAGCCGCUGCCACAGCCGCCGCCGUAAAUUGGCAAGACUCCGAUGUAGCUGCAUUAGAGGAAGCCGAACCGAGUCGAGAAGUGAUGGCUCAGUCUUUGUCAGGUAGUGUGGUGUUUUCUUCGGACAUUACAACUCGAGAGAUGUCGGAAACUUCGUGUGCGGACAAAGAGAGCGACGAAGAGAAGCUGUUUGAUUUGCCGGAUUUGUUUAAUGAUGAGAUGAUGAUACGAGACGAUGCGUUUUGUUAUUACUCGUCCACAUGGCAGCUUUGUGGAGCUGAUGUUGAUGAGCCGAGUUACUUUUUCAAUGACCUAAAUCACACUCCAGCUCACUCUUAACACCUAAUUAAUUUAUCCUGCUUUUUCAUUUUCACUAUUUACGUUUGUUUUUCUUGUUUAUUUUUUUCUUUCAAAUUGAGUAUCAGUGAUUUUUUUUGGUAAAGAAAUGGGUUCAUUUUGAUUUGUUUAGCAAAAUGUGUUUGAUGAAUAUUCUUGUAAUAUAAAUGUGGUGAGAACAUAUUCUGAAUAAAGAAAAAAUAGGAACAAAACCAAGUUGUUUGUUGACAACCAUCUUCAUAAUA